GCCCAGUUUGGAACUUUAUCGGAUUACUUUGAAGCUCUGCGCAAAGAAAGCAAUUUGGGUGAAAAGCACAGCAGUUCGUUUUUCCCUGUUUUAAGUGGAGACUUCUUCACCUAUGCAGACAGAGAUCAUCAUUACUGGAGCGGAUACUUUACGUCACGACCAUUCUAUAAACGAUUGGACAGAGCUCUGGAAUCCUACUUACGGGCAGCUGAAGUCCUCUACUACUUGGCUUUGGUGCAGUCCAGUAAAUCUGAGAAGAUGAGUGUAUUUCCUUCAGUGAAUAACUACAAAUUGCUGACAGAAGCUAGGAGGGACCUUGGACUCUUUCAGCAUCAUGAUGCUAUUACAGGAACAGCUAAAGAUUGGGUAGUUGUGGAUUAUGGCACUAGGCUUUUCCAUUCAAUAAUGAGCUUGAAGAAAGUGAUAACUGACUCUGCUCAUAUCCUCAUCCUAAAGGAUAAAGAUGCUUACAAUUAUGACACAUCAAGUCCGUUCCUGAAGAUGGAUGAUGUUCAGUCUUCCCAAGAUUCUUUGCCACACAAGACGGUUAUAAAGCUGACAUCAGAACCAAGGUAUCUAUUGAUAUAUAAUCCUAUGGAACAAGAGCGAUUUUCAGUGGUUUCAGUCAAUGUGAAUUCACCCAGAGUUAAAGUAUUAUCUCCUUUCGGAAAACCUGUUACUGUCCAGAUUAGUGCUGUUUGGGAUGGAGCAACUACAGUAUCACAUGAAGCAUAUCAGAUCUCUUUCGUGGCGCAUCUACCACCUCUGGGGCUUGGAGUUUACCAGCUCUUGGAGGUUCAGAGUUCAGAAGCAGUUUUAGCAGACUACAGUAUAUACACAAGGAGUAGUAGGCAGGAGAAGCCAGAAGAACUUUUCAAGAUAAAGGAAAUGCAGAAUUCUGUGGAUAAUAUAAUCUUAGAAAAUUCUUACAUGAAACUUUGGUUUUCUGGAAUGUCUGGAUUGCUAGAGAAAAUAUAUACCAAAGAAGAUGGUAAAAAUCAUCAAAUGAAGGUGGAGUUUGCUUGGUAUGGAACUACAAGUAACCGGGAUAAAAGUGGAGCUUAUCUCUUCUUACCAGAUGGAGAUGCUAAGCCUUAUAUUUUUACAGAUCCACCUACUGUAAGAGUUGCUCAUGGAAGGAUUUUCUCAGAAGUUGUAUGUUUUUUCCACCAUGUGACACAUACCAUGCGAUUGUAUAAAGUCAGGGGUUUGGAAGGCCAGUCUGUUGAAAUUUCCAAUAUUGUGGAUAUUAGAGGAGAGUAUAAUCGUGAGCUUGCAAUGAGGAUUUCAUCUGAUAUAAACAGUCAGAAUAGAUUCUAUACAGAUCUUAAUGGAUAUCAGAUCCAGCCUAGACUGACGAUGAGCAAAUUGCCUUUACAAGCAAAUAUCUACCCUAUGACUACAAUGGUUUAUAUCCAAGAUAUUGGCGUUCGUUUGACACUUCAUUCAGCUCAGUCUCUAGGUGUUGCAAGCUUGAAAAAUGGUCAGUUGGAAGUGAUCAUGGAUCGUCGACUUAUGCAGGAUGACAACCGUGGUCUUGGACAAGGUGUCCAAGAUAACAAGAUUACAGCUAAUAUCUUCCGACUUCUGCUGGAAAGAAGACAUGGAACAGAUGUGGAAGGCUUUCUUGUUCCCACUUCAAGGUCUGACAGUAGGGAAGAAGCCUUCUUAAAGGAGGGAGAAAGGGUGCAAGUCCAGUUUCUUCAUGUAUUCUCAAAUGAAGUAACUCUCCUUGCACAAGGAACAAGUAGUUUCCAUCAGCAGCAAGAACUUCACAUGAGCGGCAGAUUUCCAAUGCAGAUAGCCUCUCUGGAGGACAAAAAUUAG